CGUAAAAAUUUUUACAUGUUUUGACUUCUAACCCCGAACGAGACAUCGACCGAUUCGAUAACGUUGCGAACAAGUAUCGGAUCGGUAUUGUCCCUAUCUAGGAGACUAUUACGUGGUCUGCGUUUGACAUCUGCGCAUUUCUCAUGCUCGUUCGGAGGAAAAAUCAAAACAAUCAAUAUGGCGGACCCGAACAACGAAGCUGCAUCGUCGAGUAGCGUUUCGGAGCAGGUCCCCCCGGCCACUCCAAUUCGCGACGAUCUUGAAAAAAUAGAGGAUUUUCUUGAACCUGACAAAAAACGCCGUAAAGUGUCACGGAACGAUGGGAAAACCGAGCAAAAGUUGGAACACCGCCUGGGCGGCAUCCUCUGCUGCGCAGUUUGUCUUGAUUUACCCAAGGCGACCGUUUAUCAGUGUACAAAUGGACACUUGAUGUGUGCCGGUUGCUUCACUCAUGUCCUCGCAGAUGCCAGGCUAAGAGAUGAAAUGGCAACAUGCCCCAACUGCAGAAUCGAGAUCAGCAGAACAUCUCCAUCUCGAAAUUUGGCAGUUGAAAAAGCAGUAUCUGAAUUGCCAGCAGAAUGUCAAUAUUGUGCAAAGGAAUUCCCAAGGAAUUCCUUGGAACGCCAUGAAGAGACCAUGUGUGAAGAAAGAAUAUCCAGCUGCAAAUACAGUAGAAUCGGUUGUCCUUGGCGUGGACCAAAUCAUGAACGUCCAGAACACGAAACCCACUGUGUACAUCCUCAUCGUUCAGGGUUGGAUGUCAUGGAAGCUCUACGUGAUAUUGAUGCCCGUACUCUUGAAGAACGUAGGCUGUAUGACAAUGUCUUUGAUCUUUUGUCCUACGAGAAAAUCACAUUUAACGAUUUACAAAUGAAGCCAUAUCGUACGGACGAGUUUAUUCAUAAACUGUUUUAUGAAACUUCUCGUUUUACGGCGUUUAACAAUCAAUGGGUUGUAAAAGCAAGAAUCAAUAAUAAUCAAUGUGAUCCUUCUCAAAGUUUAGAAAGAGACAUGACUUAUCAAUUGAUUUUAAAAACAAAAACAAUGUAUCCACUACCGCUUCAUUAUUUGAUAUUGAAAGGACCUUUUGGUGACAUGAAAGUACAACCAAGAAUACACAAAUUCGAGUUCACUGACCAAGAAAAUGAAAGUCCUUACUUACCUUUACCCUUACCUGAUACGGCAGAGUGCAAUAGACUUCUUGCUGCGAGAGCUAUUAGUUUCAGACUAAUAAUGUUCCUGGCAUCCAAGUAGUUCAACAGAAGAAUUGCUACUGUCCAGAUUUUACGGAAAAUGAAUUAUAAUUGACACAACUUUUUAGAUUUAACAGUGAUAAAAACAUAGAUUACACAGAGGUUUAUAACCAAUUAUUAGUAGUGUUUAACCGUAACGAUAAUAAAGAUAAAGAUGCUAAUUCUACUGUAGUUUACACACAUAUAACAUUGAGGAAAAGUUACAUUUCGUUAAUAUCGCGAAUAGUACGACACAGAAAGUACAGCAAAAGUAAUGUGCAAACUUUUGGAGGAAUGUGCAAUAUUCGAUUUCAUUUUUAAUUUCUGUUGGGAAAUUCCUUUUUGUCGUGUCUUUCAAUUCACUCAAACUUUACAUAGAUCAUAUAGUUAGACAAGUGUAUUAAAUUGCAUUGGUAUUGGUAAGUAUACUUGAAGAAUAUUUAAAAGAAAUAUUAUAUUUUUCAAGUAGUCCGUCGCCGAUGAAAGUGAACAAUU